AUGGGAAAUACACAGUCGGUGCUCCAGGAUGGCGAGAACCAGGCCAAAAGCCGUAAACACGGUAAAAAUGCCCACGCUCGUGACGACCAUCCCGUCAUCACAAAACACCGGCCAGGUCAUCUGUAUUCCCACAGCAUUAGCUUAGCUACGCCGUCCUCUGCAGAGAACAGUGAUAGCGAGGCAUCUGAAACGAUCUUUGAGGAGAAAACCACCAGGGCUCAUGUGAUUGUAGCCGGAAGCUCAUAUGGUCGAUAUGGCGGAAGCGACAUGAGUCUCGUGGAGCCCGACUCAGCCACGGACCAGGACAGCGGGCCAUCGCUGUCGAGCAGUGACAUUGAAUCUAUCUAUACCGACUCUGGUCGGAACUCCCCACAGGGUCUCUCGGCACGAAGGCCGCCAGUGAGUGAUAUCGGUAUCAAGACCGACGCGCCCCACAUCGAAGUGGCACCAGAUGCGCCUACACCGCGUGCUGUAUCAGGCCCUGCAAAUGCACCUCAUACGCCGCGCGCGGAGCAACGAGGCAGCUUGGUGGUGAAUGAGCCUAGCAUGCCCAGCCAUGCGCUGCGACGGUCGUUCCUGUUUAAUGAUGAAGCGCUAAUGACUUUGCCAGAGCCCACCAUGGAGCGGAAUGUCUCAGACUCUGGCAGUGAGGAAGAACCUCGCAAUCGACGCAGCAGCAAGAUCUCUGCGCUGCCUUCGUAUUUGAAGAUUCCCACGGCCAUUCCGAGAUCAUAUACAUCGGCCCAUAUGGCACAAACGGCUGCAAAUGCAGCGGCGGCAGAGGAGAAUGCUCCUCCAUCCACUUCGAGCUCCACCGAGUUGGAUACGGCGUCCCAGGAUAGGGACUCUCCACGCCUUGUUAGGGCUGUGACGGUCCCGCACCUACAUUUCUCUUCAGAGCAUGCUGUGCCCGUCCACGAGCAUGAGCACGACCCAGCGGAGUUGCACGAUAUGGCACAUAUGGAGACGGAUCAUAUGCUUCAUUCGCCUGAACUUCCCCUUACGCCGUUGAAUUUGAUCUGGCGUGGAAAGGGACAACAUGUAUAUGUGACAGGUACAUUUGCCGAUGAAUGGCGCAGCAAAAUUCCAUUGCGGCAAAUCCGGCCAGGCACACCGUUUCUGUGUACAUUGUAUCUCCCGCCUGGCACGCACAGGUUGAAGUUCGUGGUGGACAACCGCUGGCGUGUAUCGCAUGACCUGCAUACAGCCACUGACGGUGACGGCACGCUCGUCAAUUAUGUCGAGAUACCGAAUCCGUGUGAGCCUGAUGACGACCGUGUUCGUCUGGAUGUGCACCGUGACGAAGCUUGGAAACGCGCGAUGGCUGAACUUCGCUCCUCUACGGCGAAUCCUCGUGGCGAAUGGGACGUGCUGGAUGAAAUUCCCGGGCAUGCCGAGGGCGCAUGGACGUCGGAAGUGCCACCGAGCAUUGAAGUCGCGCAAGAAGCAGAAGAACAGCUUGCCGAGCAAGAGCUAGAGCCUGAAGCAUCUUCUCUUCUUCCGGCACCACCUCAACUUCCUAGGCAGCUUGAAAAAGUCCUGUUGAACUCGACGAUGGCCAACAAAGAGACGACCAUCAAUACAGCUGCAGCCAUUGUGGACGACAACAGCAUUUUACCUGCACCCAACCAUGCCGUUUUGAAUCAUUUGGCCACAGGCGCCAUUAAAAACGGUGUGCUAGCUAUGGGCACCGUGACACGAUAUAAGAACAAGUAUGUAACGACUCUGCUGUACCGACCGGUGCAGACGUAA